UCACCAUGAACAGCUGUCUGAAGAGUUAUUCGACUUUUGGACUUUCGUGGCGAUCGGCGAGAGAUUGCAGCUAAACCAUCUAUAAUUUAUUUUUGCAAUUACUUCUUAUUUUUUUAAACUACAAUGUUCAGUUCCAAUGCAAGGAAUCUUAUUCGCAGCAGUUUGAUCAACCGCUGCAAGAGCACCUUGGUGGUUGCUGAGCAUAAUAAUGAGGCACUAAAUCCGAUUACAUUAAACACCAUCUCCGCUGCGAAGAAGAUCGGCGGUGAUGUCACAGUAUUGGUAGCUGGCACCAAAUGUGGUCCGGCAUCUGAAGCACUUGCCAAGGUCGAAGGUGUUGCUAAAGUGUUGGUGGCAGAGAACGCAGCUUUCAAGGGUUUCACUCCGGAAUCUAUCACACCUCUGGUGCUGGCAGCUCAAUCGCAAUUCAAGUUUACACAUAUAUUGGCUGGCGCCACCGCGUUUGGAAAAAAUGUACUUCCACGCGUAGCAUCUAAAUUGGAUGUAUCGCCUAUUUCAGAAAUUAUCGAUGUAAAGAGCGAAGACACCUUUGUGCGUACUAUUUACGCUGGCAAUGCCAUAUUGACGCUACGCUCCACAGAUCCCGUUAAAGUGAUAACCGUACGUGGUACGAAUUUCGCACCUGCCGCUGCUACUGGUGGUAGCGGCGCCGUAGAACCCGCACCAACUGGAGAUUAUGCCUCCCAAUUGAGUGAAUUUGUUUCGCAAGAACUUACUAAAUCCGAUCGUCCAGAGUUGACUGGUGCCAAAGUGAUUGUGUCUGGUGGACGUGGUUUGAAAUCUGGCGAUAACUUUAAACUACUUUAUGACCUGGCUGAUAAAUUUGGUGCUGCUGUCGGUGCUUCCCGUGCUGCAGUUGAUGCUGGCUAUGUGCCCAACGAUCUGCAAAUUGGUCAAACAGGCAAAAUUGUCGCACCCGAGUUAUAUAUCGCUGUCGGCAUCUCAGGUGCCAUUCAGCACUUGGCUGGCAUGAAAGACUCAAAGACAAUCGUGGCUAUAAACAAAGAUCCUGAAGCGCCAAUCUUCCAGGUGGCAGAUAUUGGUUUGGUGGCGGAUCUUUUCAAAGCUGUGCCAGAGUUGACAGGGAAAUUGUAAGGCUACAAUGUCGACAUUAAUCAUCUGAUAUAAACCGUAGUGCAUUUAUUUUAUUUUUUUUCUAAACAAAAAUUUACCAACCAUUUCUUUAUAAUUAGAUACGAUUUAAUUUUUUUCUAUUUUGUAUACAACGUAUGUAUGUUAGUUCGCAUUCAUCAUGUAGCAUACUAUGCGCACCCAAGAAAUACUUUUUGCUUAAGAAUAAAAUUGAAAACCCCUUAUAUUAUCUAGA